UGACUACGAGGAUAAUCGACCACCGAGCGUGGCUAAUAAUUGUUUAGGGCGAAUCGUACUGCGUGUGCUAAGAAGUGGAACGGGCUUAGUCGUCUGCGGUUGGGUACCAUAGAGAUUUGUGCACACAGUCUUACUCGUGCACUUUAAGUCGGAAAAAGUUGAUGCAUUUUCAGCCUAAUUUUAGACUGCAGAAGUGAAUUAACCACCAGAAUGUCUUCCCAGGACGUGAUUAAGAGCACAGCCAAGAAAUUGAAAUACUACAUGGAGGUCAAACGAAUGGAGGAUGCGUUUGAUUUGUCCGGACCCGAUAAACCCCAACGGCACUAUCCAACACUCAAACCGCGGCCCACCCUGUUGUAUGAUGGACUGCACGACAGAGCGCUGAAGCACUAUUUUCGAAACGCCGAGGUUAAAAAACACCUGGCGCAGAUGAAGCCAAGGACAAGCCAGUCGGAACGGGAAUCAAAAGUCAGGAGAGAUGUCGACCGCUACAUGGAUAAAUCCCAUUUCACAAGCCCUUACACCAAUCUUGUCAGAGCAACGCCACCCCCAAAGAAAAGGAGAAGCAAUUUCCGAGGAGGCCCUCUAUUGCUGAGAUCUCGCCAUGGUCCGCAGCUGUCCAGAGGAGAGACGGAGAGAUUGGUCAACGCGGCUACCAAACUUUUAGUUGCUACGGAAACUAUUCCAAUAGACCAGCAAAGGAAUGGACGGCGACAUUCAGGAAAGAAUUUCAGAGUGGACAGCGGAGUAGGGUCCAGCCUCCCCAUGAUCGACAACGGCUACGAGGAUUACGGCCACCGGCCGUCGCGGCCCGAGAGGCCCAAGUCUACCUACGGCCAUCGCCCGACCCGCCCAAAGUCAUCAUACGGAGAACGCCCUCGGCCCAAAUCAGCGAUGGAGGCACGGCCCAAAUCGGCUGCAAAGAGUUCUCCCAGCACGGCGCGCUACGGUUACGACUCAAUGGGCAGAAAAAUUAAACUUCAUUUAGAGCAACCGAGACAUUACGAGGCCUCGGAGUCGGACCAAGACCCAGACGACUACGAUGACGAUGAGUUUGAGGGUUCCAUGGACAACAGCAUGAACAUCCUGGUUCCCGUCAAGGGCUCGGGCAAGAACCAAUCUCCGGAAUGGCUCAACAUUCAGAUGUCCAAGGUGGACAUGAACAACCACAAUGACUACGAAGUCGACGAUGAAGAAGAAGAAGAAGAGGAGGACGAGCGAGGCGAUACCGUCAGCCAGGGGGAUGACAUCCUGCACAGCAUCGACAACACCACCCAGACGGGCAGAGAGAUGAGCUGUCAAACGGUGGAGGAUAAAGACAACACGAAGGACACGCAGACGCGCAGAGCCAACACGGAGGAGAGCAUGACCGACCCUUACCAGGCCGACAUGGCAAUCCAGACAGCCCCGCCCCCCAUCACAUUAGGCACCCAGACCGUGGUCCCCCCGCCAGAGGUCUCCACCCAGACGGUCCCUCCUCAGCCCACUAUCAGCACCCAGACCUACCCGGAGGUGUACUGCCAGACCACGCCCAUCAUGAACAUGGAGACGCAGACGGAGGUCCAUCAGCCGGAGGUGGCUUGUCAAGUGGAGCCGCCAAAUGAGAUGGGUGUACAGGUCGACCCUCCACCCCCACCCCCGUCCCCGCCCCCUCCUCCGGAGCCCGAACCCGAACCAGAGGAAGACUAUGAGUUCCUGAAGCAUGGUCCCCGACUCAAGUCCGGCAAGCGGACCAUCUACGAGCUGUCCAUCCACACGGGGAACCGGCUGGGGGCGAGUACCAGGGCCGACGUCCAUGUCACGCUCUACGGAGAGAAAGGCAACACGGGGAAGAUUAAGCUCAAGCAGUCGAAGGACACAAAGGAUGGCAAAAAGGUCAAGUUCCAGAAGGGUCAGAUCGAUGUCUUCAAAGUGGAGUCUUAUUAUGUCGGCAAAAUAGAGUGCAUCUGCAUUGGCCAUGACAAAACAGAACUUGGUUGCGGGUGGUUCCUCGACAAAGUCUUGAUCCGUGAGUACGGAGACGACGUCACCUAUGAGUUUCUGUGCGAGCGAUGGCUGUCGGCCCAGGAUGAGGACGGACAGACGGUUAGGACAAUACCAGUGACCAAUAUCAUCAUGGAUGUGUCUUCCAGUUCCCAGUCGGAAGCCGACCACAGUGACUAUGCAGAGAAGAGCCCCGACAGCAGCACCUACACGGACACCGACCUGCGCCUGCACCAGGUGACGGCCUCAGACGGUCACUUCGUCCCUACCGGUCCCCAACCCCGGAGACCCCCUAGCCGUCACACUGACCGCUCUGAUCACUCGGACGCCAGUUCCCGUGUCAGGAGAAAGCACAAGCGAAAGAAGAGCAGCAAGAAGGGGAAAGGCAAAGGGAAGUCCCGUAGGAAGCCCCGGACACCGGUGACAACGACGGGUACCGACGACACAGACUCUGACACGGAAUCGGAUUCCGAGCGGUCUUCCCGGAGUGAUUCCGAUAGUGGCGAUGACGACAAUGGCAGUGAUAGCGGAAGUGGCUCCAGUGGAUCAGGAAGCUCUUCCGGAAGUGGAAGUGGAUCCGGAAGCAGCUCGGGAAGCGACAGCUCGUCCGACGAUCGCAAGGCCGACGGGGAGAGCAAAAGCGGCUCCAUCGGAAGCGGGCGGUACAGGGAUCGUAGCGGCAAAGCGCCAAAGGAGGAAAACACUGUGCAUUUCCCGAAUGAGGACACUGAUGCUGCGCCAUCUGAAAAGGAUAACAGGACAGCACGUGAUGUUGACAGUAGUCAUGAAGAAGAUGGUGAUGAUAGAUCGUCGCGCGGAAGUGUCUCCCAAUCAGACAGUGUAUCCAAGAAAUCUGUGACAAGUGAAAAGACUGAAACAAAAGAUGUGCCAAAACCAAAGGGACCGAGUGACGAGGGUUCAACCAAACCAGAAGACAAGGAUAAUUCAGAUUACAUGACUGGCUUCAAGGCUGCGCUGAAGAUGAAAGAGCAUCAGCAUGAGCAAGAGGAGGCGGCCAGGCUAGCCGAUGAGGAGAAGCAGAGACAGGAGGAGGAAUCCUUACUGGACGGACCAUCCGUCCACCAGUGCUGCAAGAAGGGGGAUCUCGACAGGGUCAGAAAGCUGGUACAGCACAAUGCUGAACUCAUUAACACACCGGACGAGAGAGGCUGGACGCCCCUCCACAUCGCCUCGGCCAACGGCCGGCUAGCCCUUGUCAAGUACCUGGCAGCCAAUGACGUCAACAUCAACGACCUAACGCCGACUGGCUACACAGCAAUGCACAUGGCUGCAAUGAACGGACACGUGGCCGUGGUCAAGGUGCUAACCGCUAUGGGGAUGACUGUAGACUGCCGCACAGUGGACGAGCAGACGCCGCUACACAUGGCUGCUAUGAGUGGUCAUCUUGAAUGCACCAAGUGGUUAGUGGCCAAUAACGCGCCCCUGGACGUCAUCGACAACAUGGGGCGCACGGCGUACGACCUGGCGGAGGAGUACCAGCACAACGAGGUCGUGACCUUCCUGACAUCAUGUCAACGGGAACUGAAAAGACAGGACAGCUCCCUGGCCAUGCUAAGAAGCAGAUCCCCCAGCAUGGGUUCUCAGAAUCGGCGUUCCCUCUCGGCCUCAGAUAGCGAGAAAGACACGGACAAGGACGGCCAACAAGCAUCUGAUGAAGAAGACAAGCUGGACAGUGUUGCAGCAAAACACAAAGAAGAACAGAAACAUGCAGUCCUGGAGAGGAAGAAAUCCUUCAAGGACCAACAGGAGCGCAUGAACAGCUCUGGGAAGAGUUUCCUGGACAGCAUCCGGGCCGAGUAUUCGGAUGACGAAGCGCAGCAAUAGGGCUGAUUGAACCAGCUCCC